CUCUCCGACAAGAUAGCGAAAGAUAUACCAAAAGUUCCUUAUUCCUACACAGAGCUAACUAUGCAUCAGUCUUAGCAAUGGCUGCUUUUAGGGUUUCCAGGGUUUUGUGAAUUUAAUUUUUGGCACAUUAACUUUCGAUGGAAAUGCCAGGCAGGCGAUCGAACUACACCUUGUUGAGUCAAUUUCCACCCGAGGACCACCCCCACCAACAGCCAUCGAAGCACUCCGCCGUGACAGGUGGAGGAGCAGGAGUAGGAGGUGUGGCUUAUUACGAGUCUCACUCCGUGGAUAAGAGUAAUAAUAAAGGGAAAGUGGACAGAGGCGUAUUCGAUUGGGAUUUAGUCGAUCAUAAGAUGCAGAGUCGGAUGGGGACCACGGGAGGGUUUCCUGGGUCGGUGGGGCUGCAGAGGCAGUCGAGUGGGAGUAGCUUCGGGGGCAGCUCGAUCUCGGGGGAGUUUUACGGUGGACCAUCGCUCUCGAAUCAUGAGUCGGCGUUUGGGCAUUGGACGAAUGACGGUGGUGGUGUUGCCGAAUUGAGGCUCAAGGCGGCGGAUGCCUCUGGCGGAGUCGGCCCUGGGUCAUCGUCUUCCAAGAGCUGGGCGCAGCAGACAGAGGAGAGUUACCAGUUGCAGCUCGCCUUGGCACUUCGACUUUCAUCCGAAGCCACGUGCGCUGACGAUCCUAAUUUCUUGGAUCCCGUGCCUGAUGAAUCCGCUUCGAGGGCUUCAGCUUCGCCUGUGCCAUCAGGAGCCAUGUCGCAUCGAUUUUGGGUAAAUGGCUGCUUAUCUUAUUUUGACAAAGUCCCUGAUGGGUUUUACUUAAUUCACGGAAUGGAUCCAUAUGUAUGGAAUGUAUGCUGCGACCUGCAAGAAAGUGGUCGUAUUCCAUCAAUUGAAUCAUUGAAGUCUGUUGAUCCUAACAUUGUACCAUCAGUUGAGGUGAUUAUAAUUGACAGGCAUAGUGAUCCCAGCUUGAAGGAAUUGCAGAAUCGGGUUCAUAGCAUAUCAUCUAGUUGCAUCACCACUAAGGAUGUUGUUGACCAGCUUGCAAAGCUAGUUUGCAAUUACAUGGGGGGUCUAGCUUCCACUGAUGAAGAAGACUUGGCUCCCAGAUGGAAGGACUGCAGUGUUGACCUAAAGGAUUGUUUAGGGUCUGUUGUACUUCCAAUUGGUAGCCUCUCUGUCGGCCUCUGUAGGCACCGGGCUCUGUUAUUCAAGGUGCUGGCUGACAGUAUUGAUCUACCUUGUCGAAUUGCUAAAGGAUGCAAAUAUUGUUUUAGGGACGAAGCUUCUUCAUGUCUUGUUAGAUUCGGGCUUGAAAGGGAGUAUCUUGUUGAUUUGAUUGGGAAUCCUGGAUGUUUAUGUGAGCCUGAUUCAUUGUUGAAUGGUCCAUCUUCCAUCUCAAUUUCUUCGCCAUUGCGCUUACCUCGAUUUAGACAAGUUGAUGCUACAAUUGAUUUCAGGUCACUGGCCAAACAGUAUUUCUCUGAUUGUCAGUCACUUAAUCUCGUAUUUGAUGAUUCUUCAACAGGAGCUACUGUUGAAGAUGAUGGAGACUCCACAUAUCAUAAACAGUCUGAUAGAAAUUAUAUGGACAGAAACAGUGGUACCCCUAGUUCGAGCAAUCAAGAUGAAAUUCAAAAUCCCUGGAUAAAGGGUCGGCUUAAAGAAUCACAGGUUUCCAAAUUCCCUAACGCUUAUAAUAUCAUGGGCUCAACCAAUAUGGCUUUAUCUGCACAGCACAUUCCUUCAUUUGGGCAUAGACCGCCUAGAGCUCUACCAGGACCUAGGAUGGAUGCUAUUAAAGAUCCGAGGUUUGUUGACAGAGGUCAACUGGUUCCUAUGGCAACCAGUGGGGAACUUAACCUUGACGUGGAAGACUUGAACAUCCCUUGGAGUGAUCUUGUUUUAAAAGAGAGAAUUGGAUCUGGUUCUUUUGGUACAGUUCAUCGUGCUGAUUGGAAUGGAUGUGAUGUUGCUGUAAAAAUUCUUAUGGAGCAAGAUUUCCAUGCAGAACUGUUCAAUGAAUUUUUACGGGAGGUUCAAAUUAUGAAACGGUUGCGCCACCCAAACAUUGUGCUUUUUAUGGGUGCUGUGACAACACCGCCAAACUUGUCUAUAGUCACGGAAUAUCUAUCAAGGGGUAGUUUAUAUAGACUUUUGCAUAAGCCAGGCGCAAGAGAAGUGUUGGAUGAGAGGCGUCGGUUGUGUAUGGCAUAUGAUGUGGCAAAGGGGAUGAACUAUCUUCAUAAACGUAAUCCUCCUAUUGUUCAUCGGGAUCUGAAGUCUCCCAAUCUUUUGGUUGACAAGAAAUACACAGUCAAGGUAUGUGAUUUUGGUCUUUCCCGUUUAAAGGCCAAUACAUUUCUCUCGUCAAAGUCAGCUGCUGGAACUCCUGAGUGGAUGGCACCAGAAGUACUUCGCGAUGAACCAUCAAAUGAAAAAUCUGAUGUAUACAGCUUUGGUGUUAUUUUGUGGGAGCUUGCAACUAUACUACAACCCUGGAGUUAUUUAAAUCCGGCACAGGUGGUUGCAGCUGUGGGUUUCAAGGGAAAAAGGCUUGAAAUACCGCGUGAUUUGAAUCCUCAUGUAGCUGCAAUUAUUGAAGCCUGUUGGGCCAAUGAGCCAUGGAAACGCCCUUCCUUUUCCAGUAUUAUGGAAUCCCUGAAACCUUUGACUAAACCCUCCCCCACUCCUCAGUCUGGUCAUGGAGACGUGCCCUUGCUCACAUGAAUUUCACGGUGUCCAAAUGUGCACAUAUCUGGCAAUUUUUUCCCUUUUUUGGUCAUGUCUGGAGGAUUGCUUGUAGACUAUAUCAGGCUUGUUCAUGUACAUAUCGAUUCCAAUUGCCUGUUCAACACAUUUUGAGUUUUACCCAAAUCAGUAAAUGCCGUUGCUUUAAAAGGAGAUGAGUAUCUGCACUUAUAUUUUAUACUCAUUGAAAUAUUUGUUUACCUGAGCAUUUAUAUCAGUGUUAGUGUGGAAAUUCUGUUCAUCCUUUUUUCUUUUUUUUUUUUUGUAAUCAAGUUCUCUGUAAUUGAAAAUCUGGUUUAUAGUUGCAAAAAGCACUCGAAAUUUGAGUGCGACAUGUAAUGUACAUUGUAUUAGUUGCUCAUAAGGUAGUCAACUGAUUGGGGUAACAUCACGGCUGGAAGGCAUAAAAGGCAUGGUUCUUUUGGCAUACAACCUGCUGGUGGAUCUUUAGUUUGCGAUUAGGCUGGAGUCUAUCAUCAGGCAUGUAUUUCUGCUGAUAACGAUUGAUGUCUCCUAUGACAGCUUAGCAACACGUGCUAACAGAAGCAACAAUUCUUUUCUUUCCUUUUUUUUUUUUUUGGCAAAAAUGUGGAAGUAACAUUUAUAUAGCAAAGAAGAAAAGAUGCUGUAAUAAGUAGCAGUUUCUAACAUCCGCAAUGAACUUUUCCCACUGAGUUUAAUGUA